AUGAAAAAACGUACUGGGAAGUUUCUACUAUUCUCGUCUUGCGUUUUAAGCCUUGGAAUAUAUUACUACGUAAAAACAACAAAAUACUCGGAUUAUAGAAGAAGAUAUGAGGGUGUAUUAAAAGACAUAGAAAGACAAAAGGCAAAUUUUAAAAAAUGGAAAGCUGAUAAUUUAUAG